CAAGAGAACUCUCAAAAGCGCUAUCAGCAGAUGGGCUGAGAGUGCCUAGAAAGCUCUGCUUUGUUGCCAGCACCAGUGCACUAAGAAUAGCUGAUGCCAAAUCCGCCACCCAUUCUUUCUGUGUUUCAGAAUUACCAGGUGGUUAGACCAGGGGAAAACCAGACUUGCUGAACUGUGAUCAAGAAGACUUCCACUGGCUUUUUCAGAGAGUAUGGGAAGUUCUUGGCCUUGGUUUGAAGACGUCACUUUCUUUUGCUUCACACUUCACAGGUCCUUCCUCCUGGGGCUCAGGUGUGCCCAAGGACUCCAGGUGCACGUGGGGAGUGCAAGCCCUGCUCUUCACAUGUGGAUCCACACAGGCUGCAGACUGUGUGACCCUGUGUGAGCAAAGCCACCCUCAGGGACCCAUGUGCAUCAUCUUCUUUAAGUUUGAUCCCCGCCCUGUUUCCAAAAAUGCAUACAGGCUCAUCCUGGCAGCCAACAGGGAUGAAUUCUACCACAGACCAUCCAAGGUAGCUGACUUCUGGGGUGACAACAAUGAGAUCCUCAGCGGUGAACUUGUGGCCCAGUUUCUGACCACAGACAUGGACAGUUUUUCCUACUUGAAGAAGGUUUCUACAGAGGGUCACCUGUACAAUGGCUUCAACCUCUUAGCAGCUGACCUGAGCACAGAGAAGGGCGAUGUCAUCUGCUACUAUGGAAACCAGGGGGAGCCUGAACCCGUUGUCCUGGCACCAGGGACAUACGGGCUGAGCAAUGCACUACUGGAGACGCCUUGGAGAAAGCUGUGCUUUGGGAAGCAGCUCUUCCUGGAGGCUGUGGAGCGGAGCCAGGCGCUUCCUAAGGAUGUCCUCAUCACCCAGCUUCUGGAUGUGCUCAACAACGAGGAGGCGCAGUUGCCAGACCCGGCCAUCGAGGACCAGGGCAAGGAGUAUGUACAGCCCAUUCUGAGCAAGUACUCGGCUGUGUGCGUGCGUUGCCCAGGCUACGGAACCAGAACCAACACGGUCAUCCUCGUGGACGUGGAUGGGCACGUGACUUUCACAGAGCGCAGCAUGCUAGAUAAGGACCCUUCCCGCUGGGAGACCAGCACCCAUGAGUUUAGGCUGCAGAGCUAAGUCCUACCCCUGGGUGUGGCCAGCAGGCUCCUGUAAGGCCCUGUCUUGAGGGCUGGAUGGGAACUUUUCAUAGCACAGGCACUGCCUGUGUGUGACUCGGCCAGUAUCCCUCAGAACCAGGGCCUUCUGAUUUGUGUGUGAUCUGUCUGUGUCCUUGUAUCCAGCUUGAGGUCCACCCUUAUGCCAGUGGGAGUGACAGAGUCCCACAGCCAGGUCAGGGGCAGGUCCAGGUGUGCUGUGCAUGUGUGAAUGCACCUGGCCCUGCCCCCUGCCCACGCAUAGAGACACACACACAAGGCAUAUGCUUACAAACAUGCCUACAGGUGCACAGGCACACAUGUACACCCAUAGGGUACACACACAGAGGCACACAGAGUCACAAGCACAGGCAAUUAUAUGCGCACACAUGCAGGAAUACACAUUUUCCCAGGCAUACACACACAUGCUUAUGCCAGAUAGGCAGAGGUGUGCCUCUCACACCCACACACACUUCUGGCCAGUGGGUCUUUGCUUUGAUCAAAACAACAGGAUAGAUCUUUGUUUAAAAGUGUCCCCUUUUCUCCUGGACAUAGUCCAGUUCCUGACAGCCAGACCUCCACUUGGAGGAGAGACAGACCACAUUUGGAAUAAGGAAUGAGGAAGAACCAAGAAAAACCUAUUCUCAUAACAGAAGCACAGUCUGGUUGGUGGAUCUAGUGGUUCUGUGUGCAUGGCACUGUCUUGUGUGUGCUGGGUACCUCAGCAGAUUGUGAGGCCCUGCCUGCCCACUGGUCGUGGGUUCUGGGCAGGCCCAUCUCAGCCAGGGGACACAGCUGGCCCUUGCCCAUCCCUUCUCCCUGGGGAACCAAAUUUCACAGGAAUCUGUACUUGAACUUGAGAUGUUGAUAAUAAAACUCUGAGGUUGUGGUGAGUCCAUGCAGUCCAGGCUCUUAACUUGUGUGAUGGGGACAGAUGGAGCUGUUGUGUGCGAGGGGUUGGGGGCUGCUUUCCCAGCCUGCGGUAACUCUCAUGGCAUAGAUACUGGUACAAGACUUUCCACUUUUUUCUUUGCUCACAGUAUCCUGAGUGCUAUGGGGGUCCUUGGGCAGAGGCUGGGGUGCGAGAGAACCUGUGUAUAGGACAGAGUAGGUGCUGAGCUGAGCUGAGGAGCCAGGGAUUUAUGCAGGUUCAGAGCCCUUGAGAACCCCCUGAGGGAGUAGUGUGGUCAGACAUGCACAGGUGACAGGGUGGGUUUCAGAUUAAGAGGGUAAUGAAGUCUGUCUCAACCCAAGGACUGGGGUUUUGGGCAAGCUCUUGGGAGUUCUUGUCCCCAUCUGGGGCUAAGCAUAAGGGGGUCCUGUAUGUCCAGUUCCAUGACCCAGGCUUCCUUCUGCCUCUAUAGCUGACCCCCAACUUGGCCUUCUCAGAGAAAUGAGAGCUGGAGAUGGGGUGUGGACCUGUGUCAGGCCCAACUUGCCUGCUCAUCCCUCCUUCCUCCC